GAAAGCAGUUAGUCUGCAAACCCUAAAUCAGAACCGUAAACGGCAACCUUAUUCGGGCUUGACUCGGAAGUAAAUCCCAUCGUGUUCAGUGCGGGUGACUCCCAGGCAUUCUGUUGGUGUGGAAAUCGCAGCUCUUGAAGGUGGAUUGAUCACGUGGGUCUGUAGGUAGUGAGCAAGAAAUAUACCAUGCCCGUCUUAUCUGAAGAUUCAGGUUUACAUGAGACGCUUGCCCUCCUGACCUCGCAGCUGAGACCUGACUCCAAUCACAAGGAGGAGAUGGUAUUCCUGAGAGACAUCUUUAGUGAGAGAAGUCUCAGCUGCUUAAUGAAAAUUCAUGAAAAAUUGUGCCAUUAUGAACAACACAGCCCGGUCCCGGUACUGCAUAGUGCCUCGGCUCUAGCUGAAGAUGUGAUAGAAGAACUGCAGACUGCACCAAUGAAUAACGAUGAAAAAGAGUUGCUGCUGCUGCUCUCGAGUCCUCAUCUUAGGGCGAUGCUUGUUGUUCAUGACACUGUUGCCCAGAAGAACUUUGACCCUGUUCUCCCACCAUUGCCGGAUAAUAUUGAUGAUGAUUUUGAUGAAGAAUCAGUGAAAAUAGUUCGUCUAGUAAAGAAUAAAGAACCUUUGGGUGCAACAAUCAGGCGGGAUGAGCACACGGGGGCUGUGAUUGUGGCCCGCAUCAUGAGGGGAGGGGCAGCCGAUCGCAGUGGUCUUGUCCAUGUUGGAGAUGAGCUGCGGGAAGUCAAUGGAGUUGCUGUGCUUCACAAACGACCGGAAGAAAUUAGCCAGAUUUUGGCUCAAUCCCAGGGAUCAAUAACACUGAAAAUAAUUCCAGCCAUCAAAGAAGAAGAUCGCCUGAAGGACAGCAAGGUAUUCAUGAGAGCCCUGUUCUCCUACAAUCCAAAAGAGGAUAAAGCUAUUCCAUGUCAGGAGGCAGGACUACCAUUUCAGAGAAGGCACAUCUUAGAAGUGGUGAGCCAAGAUGACCCAACGUGGUGGCAGGCCAAACGUGUGGGUGACACAAACCUUCGGGCAGGGCUGAUUCCUUCUAAGCAGUUCCAAGAAAG